AUGAAGUCCGCUCAAUCUCUCGCCGUUCUCGGCUUCGCUGCUGUGGCCCAGGCUGCCUAUCCACAUGGAUGGAACACCACCUCCUCCUCCUCGCCAGUAGUCUACACCACCGUGACUACUGAUGUCUAUACGACUUACUGCCCAGUGGCCACCACCUUCACUCAAGGCUCCAAGACGUACAUCGCAACCGCAUCACAGACUCUCACCAUCACUGAUUGCCCAUGCACCUACUCCCACCCACUCAGCUACACCCCAAAGCCAACUCCAUCCACCCCCGCAAGCUACCCUCCAGUCUGGGUCACCACCACUGAGAUUGUCCAGACCUACACUACCUACUGCCCUGUUCCAACCACUGUCGUUCAAGGAAACCACACCUACACAGCGACCGAGGCCACAACCUUGACCAUCACAAACUGCCCAUGCACGGCUGUCAACACCUACCCAGGUACCACCACUACCAUCCCCGUUGGUACGACAACUACGUACUGCCCGGUCCCAACCACCAUCACCACUGGUGGCUCAACCUACCCAGUCACCACCCCAGGCAUUGUCACCAUCCCAAUCUACUCUACCACAGUCGUUCCAAUCACCAGCCACCCAGUUAACCACCCUGGAGUCCCAGCUACAACUGCACCAUACCCAACUGCCUCCAUCGAGACCAGCGGAUACGCCUCUGGAACUGCCUCCGCAACUCCAUCUGGACCAACCCAUGUCGAGGCCAACGGUGCUAGCAUGCAACAAUUUGGCUUCGGUGCCAUGGCUGCUGGUCUCGUCGCUUUGGUCAUCUAA